UGGCAUUUCCUCAUCUCACUGAUAAGCUCAUAAUAGUCUUCUUGUAUUUUACAAUUUAUAAUUAGUAAAAACACCAUAGUUUUCUGUAGGCUUCGGAAUCUUCGCUUUUGAUGGUUAUGGCCUUUCCUCUGAGAGAAAUUAUCGACUUCUAACCUAUACUUUAGUCUUCAUUAACUAUUCAAAUGGAAAACCCAUAAACAAAAUAGAGAAACCACGUAAUUUGAACUUCUAAAUAUUAUCAAGGCACCUCAUCAACGAAUUUGAAAUUGGGGUAUCGUAAACAAUGAAAAUUAUAUACCUUUCACUCCUCAAGAUUCUACUCAUAAAUAUAGUGAACAGUGAAUCUAUACUUCAAGCCCAAGAAAACCAAGAUCCCUUCGAUCCUUUGGGCCCCUUGGUCAGAUGCGACUUUCUCCCGAUCGAAUUCAUCGAAUGCCAGGAACCAGUGGAUCACAAAGGUAACAAAACUGCAAGGGACGAAUUGAACCAUGGCUGCCUCAAGUUUGGGGGUUCAAAGUUUCAUGAAGUUGAGAAAGCCAAAGUCGUGUGUACUGUUCUACCGAACAUAGAGUGUUUUGGAAACAGGACGUUUCUCCGGGAUGGUGUUCCUUGCGUGAAGUACUCCAACCAGUAUUUUACAACGACUCUGUUAUAUAGUAUUCUGUUAGGUUUUUUGGGUAUGGACCGAUUUUGUUUGGGACAGACAGGAACCGCUGUGGGAAAGUUGCUCACGAUCGGUGGGUUGGGAGUGUGGUGGAUUGUGGAUAUUGUGCUUCUCGUUUCAAACUAUCUAACUCCUGAAGAUGGAAGUAACUGGAAUCCCUAUGUCUGAAAGAAUAUUAUUUGGUGCUUGAGUACUUCGUUUCGUAACCACGCAUUUUCUUCUGGGGAAAACUCACAAGUCAUUCAUUAUUUGUAGUUCCAAUUUCGCAGUUCAGUGAAGCUUUAUUCUUCAAGACCUAACCCUAAUGAUGAUGUGAGACAGUUCACAGCUGGUCCAUUUUUAAGUUGUUAUAGACUUGGAAACAUCCUGUAUGUAUAUUUUGUGAAAUGCUCAUUAAAGACAAUGAAAACUUUUCAAA